ACACAAGGAGAGGGAGGGGGUCCAUGUAUGGUGGGUGUGUGGCAUGUCCCUUCUCCCUGCCACUCCUCUCCAAGCCUCCCCUCCCCGUACACAAAACACACAAUAGAGCAACACAAAGAGCACACAAGGUUGUAUGCUCCUCCUCUCUUAUACAGAAUGCAGAUUUGUAGGGUGGCAUUCCCAGCUAUGAUCCUAUAAAGCACAAGGCUUUUUUUCCUUCAUGGAGGAAGGAUGCACACAAUGCUAGGCUGAAGAGCUAACAUUUCGGGGAUUUCAUCCUCUGACUGGGAUCAGUCUCCACCAGCAAUCGGUGUUUACAGAAUCCAAUCUAUCCAUCAUGGGCAGAUGCAGUGGGCGAUGUACCUUGGUUGGGAUCUGUUGCCUACAGCUGGCUGCUGCCUUGCAGAGACAAAUCUUUGACUUCCUUGGUUAUCAAUGGGCUCCCAUAUUAGCAAACUUCCUUCAUAUUAUGGUGGUGAUUCUGGGAAUACUGGGAACUCUUCAUUACAGAUCCAGGUAUCUUAUACUGUAUUCCAUAUGGCUGGCAUUAUGGGUGGCCUGGAAUGCAUUUAUUAUAUGUUUCUAUCUGGAAGUGGGGCAUUUCUCACAGCAUAGGGACCUGAUUAUGAACUUUAAUACCUCCAUGCAUCGGUCUUGGUGGAUGGAGAAUGGGCCAGGCUGCUUGGUGACCCCUGUGCGUGGCCCUCCUCUACCACUGGCAGAUCACCACAUGGUGACAGUGACUGGCUGUCUCUUGGACUAUCCAUACAUAGAAGCUUUAAGUAGUGCUCUGCAAAUCUUCCUGGCGCUCUUUGGUUUUGUCUAUGCUUGCUAUGUCAGCAAAGUUUUUAUGGAUGAAGAAGACAGCUUUGAUUUCAUUGGUUCUUAUGAUUCCUAUGGAUAUCAGGCUCCUAUGAAGACAUCACACCUCCAGCUGCAGCCACUGUACAAGCCUGGUUAAAAGUCUCUGCUAAGCCUAACUAUACAGUGGACCCUUUGAAGGAAAGACACCCGCACUGCUGUUUACUCUGAGCCUUUGGUUUUGAUACGGAAUUUUCUUUUCUGUCAUUGUUUCUGAUAAGUGGUCAAAAGCCUUAAAACAAAAAGGCAGUUGUACUGAUAUUUGGAAGCAUCUUCUUACAGUUGUACACUGAGUUUUAAAGAAAGUUACUAUUAUUACUUGUUCUUGGAAAAUAUUCAAGCAGAUAUGGACCUGUCCACAAAAAAAAGCCUCAUUACGUCCAGCAGCCCAGAUACACGUAAUUGCUACCCCUAAUACCCAUAGGUCCUUGCAAAUGCAUUUACCAGAUGUCGGAUCACUGUCACAGAUGAGCUUAGCACCUUUUUCUGGCAUUUGUGAUUGUGAGUAAAGCCAGGGCCAAUGAGAUUUGCAAACAUGCAACUUUAUACCCGGGCUUUAUUUUGGUUUGUUGCUUGUAAGCAUAAUGUUUUUGAAUUUUGGUCCAGCACAUGCUGAAUCUGAACCACAGAGUCCCUUGUCUGCACUGUGUUUUCCAUUGUACUCAGUACAGUAAUGCCAAUGUAUAAUGAAAUCUAGCAUAUCUAUUAACUGGGAACAUACUUUCCAAAAUCAAUAUAAUCCUUUUCUUAGAAAAAAGCACUUUUUUGGGACUUUGCAGUGAGAUAUGAAACCCCUGUGGUGGCCAUCUCACACCUCAGAUAAAAUAAUGUAGUAAAUGGCUAACUAGUAAUUAUAGUCAUUAUAAGAUCCAUUGUACUAUAACUCCCAGCAUCUCCUGAAUAUCUUAGCUGUCACUGAUGAUUGAAAAUGUUGCUCAGCAACAGUUAAACCCCUGUUAUAGAUACAUAAAUAAAAUGUUACUGUAAUAAAGACAAAUAGCUGCUGAAAUGCAUAUUCCUUCCUGAUUAAGCAUUUUCUGACAUUCACAUGUGCGUAUAUCAAAGUUUCCAUGCUUUUAUCUGGCAUGUUGGCACAGGUAUGGGAUUCGUUAUCAGGAAACCUGUUAUCCAGAUAGCUCGAAAUUACAGAAUGUCGGCCUCCCAUAAACUCCAUUUUAUUCAAAUAAUCUAAAUGUUUAAAAAUGAUUUCCUUU